GAUCCAGAUCCAGACCCAGACCCAGACCCAGACCCAGACCCAGACCCAGACCCGGGCCCAAAGGCGGCGUACUCCUGCAGCGCACGCAGGUGCGCGUCCAUCCGCGCUGAGCGCUCAACUUCGAGCGCCAGCCCGGCCUCUUCCUCGCGAUACGCCGCGCGCACCCACCACCGGCGGAAGCCCAGCUCGGCUCUGCGCUGGGCCUCUUUCCCCUCGGCGGUGUUCUCCAGCACGUGCAUGUAGUAGACAAACCGUAGUGUGGCGUGCACCGCGCGCUCAACCUCCUCGGCGGAGAAAAACCCGACGGCCAGGCUCAGCCUGUGCGCGACCAUCAGCAGCCGCUCCUGCCGCUGGCUCAAUGCCGCCAUCCCGGCCCUCUGCAGCGCCGCACCCAGGGACUCCGCCGGCAUCCCCGCAUCAUCAGUCACCACUGCUGAGCACUGCCCGUGUCUCCGCAAGCUUCUGCCCCCCUCCCCUGCUGCCGCUGCCUGCGUGGUGUCGAGAAAACUGUCACUGGUGGGUGUUGAUGGUGGUGUUGGGCCCAGGUAUUUGCCUGGUGUUGUGCCUGGCCCGUCGCGUAGCCCUGGGUAUGCGCUGAUGAUGUAUUCGCGGAAAUUGCUGCUGCUGAAGAGCCCCUGCAGAAUAUCCACUGCCGCUAGCCGCUGCUCGCCAGAGAGCGUGUGUGCCUGGCCUGUGGGAAAGUCCUGCUGUAUGCGCUCCGGGUGCAUAAAGUAUGGAAACCAGUCGACCGCCAUUUUGCGAAAAUAAAAUUGAAGAGUCGACUAAAUGCAAAUAAAAAAGGUGUUUUGUUCUGGCUGUGUCGCAGCUAAAGGCUGAGGAGGGCGGUAAUAAAUA